UGGAGAAGACUCAAGCUCAGAGCUGCUACGUGGUCGUGCAGAUGCGCCCGAGGCUUUACAACGAAACUCUUACUGGAGAAACAUGCGUUCGCGAGAUCUUCGUGAAGUCGCAAGAUCAUUUGAAAGACCAUACUUAAUCUUUCAUAUUCUAUAUAAAAGUAUGCAGCGCCCCUCGACACGGCCUAUUGCCACCAUUCUCGAUCGACUCCGCAACACUCAACAUGCGCUUUCUCCCAGUUCUUGCGAAAAUUCUCACCAACGCCUCCGCUGCGGCUGUCUUGCAGGGAAGACAGGAGCAAUGCAGGACGGAUGCACCUGGAGGUGCAUGUGUUGCCGCUGUCCAAAGCCGUGCCCAGAAUGCAGCCUUGACUGACUGUCAAUCGUUCUUUACCAGGUCGCUUGUCUUUGAUCCUGUCUUCGUUACGGCGCCAGGAAGCAGAAUUUAUGUCACAACGACCUUGCAAUUCGAAUGUCCGACCCCGUUUGCUGUACCUGGGCUUCAACGGGAUGAAAAACAGGCACGCCAAGCUCCAGUGACAGUGAUUACAGGCAACAUACCUCCGUAUGCACGUGCGUCUGGCGCAUGUGCCAGCGCAGAGUACAGCUCUGUGUGCCGGAGUUGUCUGGCCACAUCCGUUUAUCCUUCUAACGGAGUCUUCGCAGACAUUACAUCGAUCACUGGAUAUACUCUCACGAAAAUUGGGGGAGUCACGAUAAUCACUGAGAGAGAGGUCGGGUCAUGCACUGGCGGAUCUAAAACGGCGACCGUUACUUCACCCACGACAAGCACGCCAUCUAUUGGAUCUUUGUCUUUCACCUCGAUAUCCACGUCGAUGUUGUUGUCUUCUUCGUCAACGAGCUCUUCCACAUCCUCUGAGAGUUUAUCUUCGACCCCUCUGCCAACCUCAGCGUCCAGUACUCCGACAGAAAGCUCAUCUUCUACAACAUCGUCGCCGACAUCCUCAUCUACGAGUCUCUCUUUAAAUUCUUCCUCGUCUUUCACAGAGACGUCUUUCUUUACGAUUUCGUCCACAUUCUCCUCGACCACUUCAUCGACAUCGUCUAAUACGUCUUCGGAGACAUCCUCCAGCAUAUUUUCGAGUGCUUCUACGGAUUCGUCCUCUUCAACCUCGUCUACUUCAACAGACCCCUCAUCUUCAAGAGAAGCCUCGUCCUCCCCCUCGCCAACAUCUACAACAAGUCUGUCAAUAACCUCUGCUACGACUACGAUUAGUACCGACACGAUGUGCACUACGACUUCUUACACAACUUCGUCAUUCAGUUCCUGCACCAGUGUAACAUCACCUGCAUCAAGUUCUGAAAGUUCAUCGCCCACGACUAGUGAGAAACCAUCUGUCACGUCUCCGUGCAGCAGCAGUUCCGAAACGGCACCAACCGUCUCCAGCACAACCAGCGGUGAGACCUCAUCUUCAUCAUCUUUUACGUCUAGUAGCAGUGAGACAUCAACGCCCUCGUCGUCUUCAUCCUCUAGUACCACUAGCAGCGAGACAACAUCAUCCUCAAGCUCAGUACCACCAGCAGCGAGUCAACAUCUAGCCCUAGUUCUUCCAGCAGUGGAACGACUUCGACGAGUAGUAGCACGACGUCAUCCUCUAGCUCAAGCUCAAGAACCACCAUCAGCAGAAGCAGCAAUAGCAGCAGUCUAAUGUCUUCAACAUUCUCUACUACCACUACCUCGCAGUCUUUCAGCGCGAGCUCCACAACAAGCACCAGCCCAAGUGCAACAUGCGGACUGCCUUCACAAAGUCUAUGCAACGGGAAUUGCACAAAUCUACUCGACAAUGUUGACAAUUGCGGGGCAUGCGGAACCAAUU